AGACAAGGGCGCAGAAGUGUCCAAGAAGAACCUGUCAAAGCGCGAGGAUUUUGUUUUUGUUGAGCAGUUGUCGAAUUUGGACGUUUUCAAAUAUCUUGUUGCUAUUUGUGGGACGGGCCCUUCUCUCCCCCGCCUCGUCCUCCUCUCCCCCUCCUCCUCCUCCGCUCGUCACGUGACCAAGCGCCAUGCAAAUAAGGCGCGCUGCUGCCGCGUGAUUGGCUGCUGGUGGCUCAUUUAACCGCUGUCAUUGCGCAUCACAUGGCCGCCGCUUUUACCAACUUCCCAACUCCGACAGCAGCGAAAGUGGCUCAAAGGCGCAUUCUGUCACAGUGGAUGUGGAAGUCUGCAGUGAAAGUCUGUCUCCAUUUUUUUUGGACAACUACACAUUUUGGGGAAUAAUUUCGUCUGUGGUUUGAACCCAGCCGUCCCGCGCGCACCAGACCUGAAAGACUUUUAUUUUUCUCUGCUGGUGGUGAAGUUUUGAAAUCCGGGUGAAUGUAUAGCAUGAUGAUGGAGACUGACCUCCAUUCCCCUGGCCCCCAAACAAACACGGCCACGGGGCAAACCGGGCCGAACGGCGGCUCCAAAGCGAGCCAGGAGCGCGUGAAGAGACCGAUGAACGCCUUCAUGGUUUGGUCCCGCGGCCAGCGGAGGAAGAUGGCGCAGGAGAACCCCAAGAUGCACAACUCCGAGAUCAGCAAGCGCCUGGGCGCCGAGUGGAAGGUGAUGUCCGAGGCGGAGAAGCGUCCCUUCAUCGACGAGGCGAAGCGGCUGCGCGCCAUGCACAUGAAGGAGCACCCGGAUUACAAGUACCGGCCCCGGAGGAAGACCAAGACGCUGCUGAAGAAGGACAAGUACUCGCUGGCGGGCGGGCUGCUCUCUGGCCCCAGCGGGGGCAUGAACUCCUCCGGGGUCGGACAGAGGCUGGAGAGCCCCGGGGGUCACGGAGGCUCCGCCGGCACCGGCUACGCGCACAUGAACGGCUGGGCCAACGGCGCGUACUCGGGCCAGGUGGCGGCGGCGGCGGCGGCCGCGGCGAUGAUGCAGGAGGCGCAGCUCGCCUUCGGCCAGCACCCGGGCUCCGGGACGCACCACCACCACCACCACCACCAUCCGCACCACCACCACUCCCACAACCCGCAGCCCAUGCACCGCUACGACAUGACCACGCUGCAGUACAGCCCCAUCUCGAACUCUCAGAGCUACAUGAACGCGUCACCGUCCGGAUACGGAGGCAUCGGCUACACGCAGCACCAGAGCUCCGGCGUCUCCUCCUCGGCCGCCAUGGGGACGUUAGGGUCGCUGGUGAAGUCGGAGCCGAGUAUUUCUGUGUAUUGGGAAUAGAGUCUCCAGAGGGACAGCACGAGCGACGCGUCCAUCACCAGCAGACGUGGAGAGAAUAGAGACGCCGCUCUCCGCCGCCGCUCUGCCGUCAUUACUGAAAACACGGGAGAAUUGCUGCUGUGGGCAAAAAAAAAAAAGUUGUUUUGGAUAAUGUCUGUGAUAAUCCUGAAUUUCUCUGUGGCUGGAUGUUUGCUAUCAAGGUGUCGCGCUUGUGUGGACGCCUGUUUUUAAUGUGUCUUACCUGAGGCUGCGGCUGCAGCGCCACGUCUUUCCUCUCAAAGUAAACUGGAAUAAAGAGUCUGUACAA